UGAGCAGGCAGAAUGGGGCAAGCAAUGGACAUCCGCUUUCGUGUUAUAUAACAGAUAAUCACAUGAGAAAUGGAUUCAUAUAAGUACGUUUAGGCUUCGAUUAUUUGCAGUACACUGCGCAAAUGUAAUUAAGAACAUUAUUAAUAACUGCAAUGAACUGUAGUGACAAUUUUUUUUAAAGUAGUGAAUUUUAAUGCUGUUUACUUAGAUCACUAUAAAAUACCAGUUGCUUUUGAUGUUGAAAAUUUAACGUAAAACGUGUUUAACGAUUUUAAUAUUAGUUUGAAGGUAAGAAAUCGAUGUUUGUAUUAUAACACAAAUUUAUAAAUAUUCACGAAAUUUAUAAAAAAAAAUAUGAAAAAAAAGUUUUAUAUACCAUACAGUCGUUAGAUGAAAUCCAUUUCAGAAUAUCCUGUGACAUUUCUGGACGAAAUUGUUUUAAGAACAAAACCAUUACGUGUUGAUACCUGCGAACUUUCCAUCUUAUAUCUAUGGCAUGUUGACGUGUGUUUCAUUGUAACACCACACUGAAUUGUGUACAGUUUGAUACUACAAUUAAUACUAUGAAUUGUAACACAUGUAUAUGUCAAUGAUUUGUGUGACAAAGGCAUCGAUCAAAUGACGUCACUUACUGCAAGUCUGUGAGUCAAAACAGAAGCCUGUUGCAUUGUUGAUAAAGCAACAGUUUGAAAAGCGAACGUAUGACGCGAGACUUACAUUGAAAUUUAAACAAAAGAAUAUCGUGCGUUUGGAAAGAGUGAUUUUAUGUUUCAUGCGCGUUUAUUUAUAGACACGAGAGAAGUGAAGAUAAUCUUACUAAUCUCUUAAAAAUAUUUAUUUGUAGGCGUAAUUAGGAAGGGGUUUUAUGAAACGAAUGAACAAAAUUAGCUGAUGUAACAGAACGUAAGAGCGGGAAUAGCUCAUGACAUCAGUGGAACAGUGAAGUAACACGUGAAUAAAAGGUUAUUAGCCUAUUAGGACCUUUGAACAUAUAUGUAUUGACACAUUUUUCACACACUUAUUGUUGUUUAAACUUAAAACAACUUCUACAGACAAUUUCAAUCUUGUGCUAAUGCGAGACAAGACUUUCAAGUACCUGCCUGAGUAGACCAGUAGCUGUUGAAGGAAGAAAGAGUAAGCGUGUGUGUGUGCGUGCGUGCGUGUGAAGCUCCUGGAUUAUAGCUGCCUUCAUCUUUUGCCUGUCAGUACAAAUAUUCCUUCCUUUCGCCAGUAACCUCGAGUUUACAACUGAAAUGAGGUGAGCCAUUGCGUUGGAACAUUUUUCUGCUUGCUAACAUACCAUCGGCUUUACUCCGAAGAGAAACAAUGUGAAGACAUCGCUUGGUGUGUCGACUGAAAGAUCGGUAUUCAUAUCACAGAUGGUGUGACUAACAGUGAGAAAGAUGUCGCUACUGUACCGCUUUGCGAAGUUGCAAGAUCGCGCCAACACUCACGUGUUCACGUUCGUUGUAACAAAAUCCGUGACACGUGACCUAGAACGUGAUGUAACUUCAAAAGAAUUUGCAUGCGGAUAUCACAAAUGGGCCAUUACAUUUUCUCGUACCGAUAAAGUUUUGGGCGUAUAUCUGGUCUGGAAGAGCCCUUCGGAUGGUAUGCGUGUUUACGUUGAUUUCACGUUUACUCUACUAAACAGAGAACAUUUUAGCGUAAACGAAGCCUUCACCGGGAAGCAGGUGAAGUUUACAUAUGAUUCUCCAGCACAGGGGAACAGGAAUUACAUUCCUGUCAGUGACCUAUACGCAAGAAACUUCACAGACACGAAUGGAGAAUUCCAGCUUGAGUUGACUAUGGGAAACUUAAGAACAGUUUAUGAUACAGAAUUCUCAGUACCACAGUCCAUAUUUGGUUCAUUUCAUCAUCACCAUCAUCAUCGACAUCAUCAUGGAACGGGUCAUCACACAAAUCAUCACGCUUCUACAAAUACCGGCUCGACCUCAGGAACCAAAAGUGGUGCGCAGAAAUUUGAAAGUUCAUAUUUCACGUUCGGUGGGUUUGACUGGAACGUAGCGCUAUAUCCACAUGGAACCAAGGACUUAGGUAGUGGCGAUGGCCGUGUGUCCGUGUACCUCAACAGACUGACCGGGUUCGACCAUCAGUGUCGGGUCAGGUACAACAUCGUACUGGGGGAAAACGACAGGCGUCUAGACUCUGGUAUCAUGGACGAUGUAUCCGAUACAGACGGCAAGGGGUACGGAUGGCAUCCCCGCACACGUUUCAACGACCUGGUGUAUAAGGGAGUUGUACGCCUUCACUUGGAAAUGAUGGUGGCCAAUACACUCAGCGAGGUAGCUGUCACCUCGAGUGUGGGGCUGCAGACACCGGGACCACCCCCUCAUCUGGCGGCUCAGUCACCAGGGAGCCAUCAGCCACCCUCCGCAGUGGUGUUGCCCACUCCCGUGGUAGCCCAGUGCUACGACAGGGACAAGCAAGCCUGGACCAUCAAGAGUGACUGUCACUCGGAGACCGUACGCCUGCACAUGGUGUACAAGGACAUACACAACGUGGCUCGCAACCACCUCAGGUACGUGUGUUGGACGGCCUACUUGAUGCGUCUCCAUGGCAAAUCUGGUCACAUGGAACCAGUUGCUCUCCCAGGAGCUCCCUUCAGCCAUUAUUACUCUCAAGAAGCUUCCGAUGAGGGAAUUAUCAUGGAAACAGACAUCGCUGUCAAGGAAAUGCGGGAACCAGGUUGCCCCUAUCUCACGGACAAGGGUCAGCUACGUGUGCAGGUGGAGUGGGGGGAGUGCUACUUGCUGUUCCAAGCAACAUACCACAAGUAUGAUGACGUGUGCAGAAUACACAACUACCAGAUGAGACGAGAGAUUGGCGUAUUGCAGGCUGAGAAUUAUGGUUUGGAGAGACAAUUGUUCAGCUACCAGAAGAGCAUUGCUUACGCCCACUCGAGAGGAACCUACUCUGAUGAUCCUGCGACCCCUGAUGGACGCUGUGAAGACGACGAUGAUGGACCAUAUUUUGAGGAACCAGCUUACUCAUUAGGCGACAGAAGUCUGUCCACUGACACAGAAUAUGCCUGAGGACAAGCAAAACUCACCAGUAGAUACCAUUCCACCACUGCAGUUAAGAUUCUACCUAAGAGACCUGGAGAACUUCCGCAAACUCCCAGAAGACCAUCAAGGUACCAAGACAUAAAUCUCAAGCCAAGAUCUCGUCACUUACCCCCGUCCCCAGUGAUAACCACUAAGAAUUUUAACAAAUCGCCCAUACAAAUGAUGCCACCUUUGUCCCUGUCCAUUAACAGUAAAUCAAAUAAUGAAAGUACCAGACACAGCAAUACGGAGGAAAGCAGAUCUCAUGCCUCCUCUAUAUGGGAAACUUUAGCGGAUUUCGUUUGUUCUCUAGGAACUUUUGCAUCCAGAGCUGCUAAAUCAAGUAGACGUAAGAAUUAUAAUCUUUAAGAAGAAUUAGACAGACAAUGUCGGUAUUGUAGCCUUCAGUUUUUAAAUUAUUGCAAGCUAUAACGUAUCUGAGUUGAAAUUAAGGAUUGAAUGCAAUUUAAUUCAUUCCAUAUUUUUUUUUACUGUUACAUGUACACCCGUUGCCUGACAACGCGUUGAUUAAAUUUCUUACAUUGCUCCCUCCUUAAGGCUGAUCGUCCCGAGUAGCCUAUCGGUACAACGUCUAUUCUUCCUUUCCGAGGUUUCCUCUUUGUUUCAUCUCAUCUUCCUUCGCGUUGCUCGUUUAUUCCCCCGCGGUGUUCAUUCUUCUUGAGUGACGGAUUUGAUCAACGAGUUGCCAGGCAAUGGGCGCACAUGUAACAAUAUAUUAUUUUCAUAGAACAGUCUCAGUACUGUAGCCUUCAGCUUGUACAUUAUUAUAAGUUAUGCCAAAUCCGAUUGAAUUAAGUCCUUGUAUAUUUAUAUAUAAAUUUCACAGCUCAAGAUCAGUACUCGAGCCUUCAGUUUGUAUAUUAUUGUAAGUUAUGCUGAAUCUGAGUUGAAAAUAAUGACUCAAUGCAAUUGAAUUCAGUUCAUUAAUAGAUAAUUGCAAAAUAAGCAUCGAGUAAUACAAAUAAGAGAAACAAGCAAAAUAAAACAAGAGUUUAUGUCACGUAAAUAAUAAUUCAGUUAUGUUUUUAUUCAUUUACAUGCUGAUCUCAACAGCUGG